AUGGAGCAGGGCAGCAGGCCCUUGGAGGACUUCCCUCUCAACGUGUUUUCGGUUACUCCUUACACAACCAGCACCGCAGACAUCCAGGUGUCCGACGAUGACAAGGCUGGGGCCACCUUACUUUUCUCAGGCAUCUUCCUGGGACUGGUGGGGAUCACCUUCACCAUCAUGGGCUGGAUCAAAUACCAAGGGGUCUCCCACUUUGAAUGGACCCAGCUCCUUGGGCCCAUCAUGCUGUCGGUCGGGGUGACAUUCAUCCUGAUUGCUGUGUGCAAGUUCCAAAUGCUUUCCUGUCAGUUCUGCAAAGAAAGUGAGGAAAGGAUCCUUGACCUGGAGCAGACAGCAGGAGGACAGUCGUUUGUUUUCACUGGUAUCAACCAACCCAUCACCUUCCAUGGGGCUACUGUGGUGCAGUAUAUCCCUCCCCCUUAUGGCACUCAAGAGCCCCUUGGGAUGAACACCCCCCACCUGCAGCCAGUGCUGACCCCGUGUUGCCUCACGCCGUCUGGAGUGGUGGCUGCUGCCACGCCAAGCCCUCCUCAGUACUGCACCAUCUACCCGGCCGAGAACUCUGCCUUUGUGGAUGACCAGGACUACCCUGCCUUCGUGGAUGGUGGAAAUGACAGGUCCAGCCCUGGUGCUGAGCAGCUAGAAGACACCCAGUGGGGACAGGAGGACUCUGCUUGCUUCUCUCCUCCCCCCUACGAGGAAAUCUUCUCCCUUCCUCACUAG